AAUGAUUCUUAGGAUUUUUCGGCGCCAUAACGUGAGCGCGCAGUGCGUGUUUUGUGUGUGACGUGGUUCGCGCAUGCGCGCAGAAGAGUUUGUGCUGUCAUGGCGCUGAACACAAACUACUGAUCAAAACUCUUCAUCAUCACCACAGGGAAUCUCUGUCUGUCUGUCUGAUGUCGUCUAGAAGAGCGCAGUGAUGUCGGGAAAUAAAGCGGUGGAGCUGCAGAUACAGAUGAAACAGAAUGCAGAAGAUCUGCAGAACUUCAUGAAGGAGCUGAACAACUGGGAGGAAGAAAUUAAGAAGAAAGACCAGCAGCUGCGCACCGGAAACAUCAGCGAACCACCGAAAACACUCCCGCCGGUGAGGAACAAAGAUUAUAAGAAGACAAAGAAAAGAGUGAAGCGUCAGACCAACGGCGACGGUGGUGUGAAAGAGCAAAAGGAGACGCAGCGCAUAAAAUCCUACGAUUAUCAAGCCUGGGACAAAUUUGAUGUGGAAAAGAAUCUGGAGGCCAUGGACGCAGAGGAGAGCCCGGUCCAGUCCAAUGAGUCUGACUCUGAAGGGCUUCAGGUGGACAGAGAUCUGGCGCUGACUGAGAAAGAGAAGGGGAAUGAGUUCUUCAGGGACGGCCGGUACGACAGCGCCAUCGAGUGUUACACCAGAGGAAUGGACGCCGAUCCGUACAACCCCGUCCUGCCCACCAACAGAGCGGCCUGCUUCUUCAGACUGAAAAAGUUCGCCGUGGCCGAGUCCGACUGUAAUUUGGCCAUCGCUCUGGACGGUAAAUACGUCAAAGCGUAUGUCAGGAGAGCCGCGGCACGCGUGGCGCUCAACAAACAACAGGAAGCUCUCGAAGAUUAUGAAAUGGUCCUCAAACUGGAUCCUGGAAAUUCGGAGGCCCAGACUGAGAUCCAGAAGCUCCAGCAGGUGUUGGAAUCGAGCAGACAGACGGCGGAAAAGAGCGAGAGCGCUGCAGAGCUGACUGUGGAUCCAUUACAACAGCAGCGGCUGCAGGAACAGCAGAGGAAACAGGAAGCAGUCAUGCAGAAAGACAGAGGAAAUGCUUACUUUAAAGAGGGCAAGUACGAGGCGGCGGUGGAGUGUUACUCCAGAGGAAUGGAGGCGGACGGGACGAAUGCUCUGCUGCCCGCUAACAGAGCCAUGGCGUAUCUCAAGCUCCAAAGGUACAGCGAGGCGGAGCAGGACUGCAGCGCGGCCCUCGUUCUGGACGCCACGUAUGUCAAAGCCUUCGCCAGACGAGCCACGGCCAGAGCCGCUCUAGGCAAAAUCAGGGAGGCCAAAGAAGAUUUUGAGCAGGUUUUGAAGCUCGAGCCGGGAAACAAACAAGCCAUGAGCGAGAUUGAGAAACUCUCAGAGGAGAUGAGGACCAGCGGUCUUCUGGCUCCGGAGGAGAACAAACAGAGGAGAACCGUCCAGCCCAUCAAUAAACCUGAGCAUCUCAGAUCCACAAAACCUCUGAGGAGGAUUGACAUACAGGAGGUGGGUGGGGAGAUCUCACCGUCCACGUCUGCUAUCACGACUUCACCACAUCCCAAGAUCCAGAAGAUAGAGGAGAUCUCAGACGCUCCUCUGUCCAGGGCUCCGGAAGAUUCAUCUGCAGAUGUUGAAGUGAUUCCUCCUCCACCCAGCAACAGUUUUCAGCUGGAGGCCGACCUCAGGAAGAUCAGCCGUCAGCCACAAUCCACAUACAGAUAUCUGAAGCAAAUCAGUCCAGACGCUUAUCCGAAGAUCUUCCAGAACUCUCUGGAGCCUGAUGUUCUCAACCUCAUCCUCAAGACCUUCCAUAGCUGCUUUCAACAUGAAGAUGCGUCUCUUCUGCUGGACGUCCUGAGGAACCUGGCGAGCGUGAGGAGAUUUGACAUGGCCGUCAUGUUCAUGUCGUCCGCCGAGAAGAAAAUCUUACAGGAGCUGUUUGACCAGAUUCACAGCGCCGGUCUGGGAGACGCUUCUGUUCAAGACUUACAGAAGAAAUACGGCCUUUGACCUUGACAGAAGUCUGAUUUACAAUCAAUGGACUGAAAACUAGAUCUCAGCCGUCAGUUUCACCAAACCAGAAGGAAACAGCUGUGCCGUCUCACUGCUCGGCUUCAAUGUGAAUAAAUCGGAUGCUCUGAUACCUCAGAAUGGACGCUUGGUGCCUUUAAACUGGUUUAUUUGGUUCCUGCAUGUGUUCGGAGUGCGUCACCAGUGCAGAUGUGCAGAAUUUUAUAUGAAAUAUUAUUAUGAGUCCAUCUAAAACAUUCACUGUCAAUUUAUGUGUCUCUGUGUUUUUCUUCAUAAUGGCUACUCUAGUUCUGAAUGCUGCAGUAUUGAAAUCCAAACCAACUCUUGACUCAUUCCUGCUCAUAUCAGUGCACAAAUAAAAACAUCUUUCACCCAA